AUGGCAUAUGAUCAAUUGCCAAAGGCAAUGCGGGCCCUCGUCCACAACCAGACACUUCAGACCCUAAAGCUUGCCGACUCAUGGCCAGUCCCAAUACCAAGCCAAGGCGAGCAUCUGUUGAGAGUCGAUUCGGUCGCCGUCACCAAUGGAGAGCUGCUGUGGCCUCGUGGGCCUGAUCUCAACGAAAGCCACCCUGGAGUCGAGAUGGCUGGCGAGGUCGUGACUGCACCCCCAACAUCCAAGUUCCGCGCUGGCUCCAAGGUCUACAUGCGCACGACAUUUCCAAACCCUGGUUCCGCCAGAGAGUACUCGAUCGGCCUGGAGAAUGAGAUGGCCCGCCGGCCAGACAGUAUCAAAGCCGCCGAGGCAGCCUGUGUACCCGUUUCAAGCCUCACUGCUUGGCAGGCACUUUUUGUUCAUGGCGGAUGUUCUCCUCAGUUUGACCAUGCUGAAAAUCCCUCGCCAGAGAACAGAAAGAGAGUCCUAGUCAACGGGGCGGCGGGCGGGGUUGGGCUCUGGAUGACCCAACUUGCUCAUGCCGCCGGAUUUUGGGUCGCUGGGACCUGCAACACCCGCAAUGCUGGCCUGGUGCGGGAAUUGGGAGCUAGCGAGAUCAUCGAUUACACAAAGACAUCGAUCUCGGAGUGGGCUAGGAACAAUCCCCAGAGCAAGGUUGACUUAGUCCUGGACUGUGUUGGAGGAGAUAGCCUGAACCAAACUUGGCAUGCUGUACGUGAGCACGGCUUGGUCCUCAGUAUUGCACCGCCAAAGGAUAUGGUCUGGAGGUUCGUUCUAGACCGACCUGACGGUAUCAGUGACACCAUUGAAGGCAAGUUCUUCAUCAUGGAGCCGAACGGUGAACAUCUCCAGAAGAUCACUGAGCUCAUCGAGGCUGGAAAAGCGAGACCGGUGGUCGAUAGCGUGUUCAAGUUCGAGGAUUAUCAAAAAGCAUUCGAUCGGGUGGGCAGCGGGCGGACUACAGGGAAAGUUGUCAUUCAAAUUAGGGAACAGGGUGGUGCGAAUUGA